AUGCAGAAAACACAAGGGUAUUGCAGCUACUGCCGUGUGCAGUACCCUAACCUGGAACAGCACUUGCUUAGUGCCCAGCACAGAGACCUGACCAGACAGAGUCGGCGUCGGACGACUGCCGACGACAGUUUGAUGGAACGCUUCAUGCAGGAUGUGCUGGACCACCACCCAGACAACUACCAAGACAACAGCUCUGCACCAAAUGAGGCAGCAGCAGCAGCACCACCACCACCAGAAGCAGCAGCAGCACCAGCAGCAGCUGAGUCACCGGAAGUGAUUGUUUUGGAUGAUUCGGAUGAAAAGGAGGACGACAGUGAAGAGAGCAGCGGAGAGAUGCUCUCCGAGGAUUCGGAAUCUGUGGAAGAGAUAGAGUGUAGGCCUGGCACUUCUCAGGAAUGUGCAGAGGUUCCAGUUCGACCAUCGGUUAUUCAAAGGCUGGAGCGGGGGCAGCAGCAGUCCUUGGAGUUGGCUCGUAGGGUUGAGAGUGGUGUGAAAACAGUAAAUGCAGUUGGUGGUGUUCAGGCUACAGCUAGAGGAGAAGGGUUAGUGCGUCCCCCGGUGAUCUGUAAUGCUCCUGCCAGCUCUUUGCCUAGAGGCUCUGUCGAGAGACCAGUUGCAGCUAACAGUGUUCCCCGGUUAGCACUGGCAGUGGCUUCAGAUUCCUUUCCAGCUUGUGACGCAGAGAACCUUGACACAUACUUUGACCCCCCAGAUCAGGGCUCUAGCAAUUCACAGUCUCGACCCAAAGCAAAAGAUCCAAAAAAGAAACCUUUAAGUAUUAAUUUAGACAAAUUGCUUGCACAGAGAGAUCUCAGAGCUAAGGGUGCGUCUUUUUCCCCUGUUGUACGAGUGCGUGAGCUAACAGGUGCCGAGCUUUGUUCUCUGAGAGUUGAGUCGUCUUCUGAGUCAGGGGCAGGCGCAGUAAGAAACCUCAGUGAGACUGACACACCCUCAGAUGCAGCCCGUGAAGGUGCCAUUCCAAAGCGUCGUGAGGCAUCUCGUUCAAAUGUAGUUCAUCCCCAAGAAGAAGCAACUUGGGUUCUUAACAGGCCAUCACUUCUGAGACAAACGUGCUUGGUGAGUUCUGAAGUGCAGCUCGAUCGUGGCUCUCUUCAGCCAGUACCUGGUCAUUCCCAAGCUGCCGUAAAUGACUUAAGUCAUUUGGAGGAAGAGGAAGAAGAGGAGGAGGAGGAGGAGGAGGAGGAGGAGGUUGACCUAGAGUAUGAGAGCUAUGAGUCUGGAGGUUCUGACAUGAGUUUUGAUUGUGCGUCCUCUUGCCAGUCACCGAGUCUGCUGUCUGAACUGAGCCCUAUAGAAAUAAACGAAUCAGAAGAAGCGCAGGCUGAUGUCCAGCCUAAUGAUGAAACACCUACUGUUUCCGGAGCAACUUCCGGUAAUGGCAGCAGUUCCCGUCAUGGGCAUACCAACCGUUCUCAAGUGAUCACACAGAACACACGGCUCAUCCGUUUGGUUGAUGAAAGCUACGAGUCUAGCGGCUCUGAAGUGAAUUUCGAUGGCGAGGACUCUCUUCCGUCCACCAGUCGCGGUCCCCCACUGCUGGCGGCAGCAAACCUUCCUACACAGAUGGCUGUCCACUUGGUAGACAGCUAUGGAAGCGGCAGCUCUGAACCAUGGGAGGAUUCUGGGUCCUCAGCUGAUGAGAUUCCAGCAGCAGUGGGACAACAACAACCUCUGCAGGCCACCCAUGCACACCUGGUUGAUGAGAACUAUGGGUCAAGUAGCUUCAGUUCUGAUAGUGAUGCGGCUCCCCAAAUGCCUGCUCAAGAAAGAAGCCCGAGAGGCAGAGAUGCCCAACAGCAAGAUGAACGCCAACCCAGCAGUGCUGGUGCACGUCCUGAGCAUGAUGAGCCCCAGAGAGAAGCAGAAGAACUCAGUGUUCCCAGCCAGAGUACCAGCCGUGGAGAUAUGAACUGUGAGUCUCAUGGUCCUGAAAUGGGUUUUCUUGCUGAUGCUCAAUUAGAGGCUGACCAAUCUCCAGUAAACCCUGAGGACAUAGAUGUUGACCUAGAGGAUCAGAGUGUUCACUCUGGCAUUUCUAAUCUAAGUUUUGAUUCCCAUGCUUCUUAUCAGUCAGCUAAUGAUGAACCUCAAGGGGCUUGGGAUGAAGUAAAUCUUGAUGAGUUAAAUGCUGACAUGGACGCUAAGAGCUGUGCCUACUCCAGUUCUGAGUUGACAUUUGAUUCCGAUUCCCCUCUUCUGUCAGCUACUGAGCAUUCUCUGCUGGAUGCUGAAGGACUGAACGAAGAUGACUUUGACCUGGACGAAGAGAGCUGUGUGUCAAGUAGCUCUGACAUAACUUUUGAUUCCGACAUUCCCGAUGACUCAGUAGCUGACCAACUUCGAGUAGCUGUUUAUGAGGAGGAACCUGUUGAUCUGGAAAAUAAGAGUUAUGAAUCUUGUGUUUCUGAAAUAACAUAUGAUUCUGAUAUUCCUCUUCAUUCAGGAAACGAUCACCCUGAAGUAAUCAUUCAGGAAGAAGAAAGCGCUCCCUUAGAAGGGAAGGAUGACAACCCCAGUGGUUCUGAGAUAUGUUUGGAUUCUAAUACUAAUUCUAAUACUAAAAAGACAAAUUCUCCUAAAGAAGAGCAGGUACACAUACAACAAAAGGAAAAUGAGCCUACUGAUUCUGAACUAAGUUUUAAUUGCGAUACUCCUCACUCAAAGCCUGGAUGUUCUGAAGAUCCCAUGACAGUUCGUGUUUCUGAAACAGGACUUGAUUCUCAUACCCCCUUUCAGUCAGUCAUUCGCAAAGGUGAAGUAACUAUCGAAAAUGUAUGCCCUCAGCAAGAGACGCAUGCUCAGUUGCCAAGUCAAAGUGCAGAAUCUCAUUCUGAAAUCAACUCCGCUUCUUCUGCUUCUCAUCCAGUGGCAGAACCUUAUGUAGGGAAGAAAGCCAAGAGAAAGACGAAGCAUCUGGAGGAAGUCAGGAGUGACGAUGAGUACAGCGACUGUCAGCCAGCUACUUGGAAAGGGGACCAUGUUGACUCAAAAGAUGAAAGUACUGAGCCUAGAGGAACUGGAGGAAAUCUCAGUGCUACUGGUUGUCUUGAUCCAGACAUCAGCCAACCUCAGCUAGCUGUGAACGAAAACCAUGUUGAACCGGAAGACACAAACAGCAGACCUGGUGAUUCUGAAGCAGAUGCUGAUUCUGCUGGCCACUUUGACUCACUGUCUCAAGAGGACGAUGUGAUGACAAAGAUGAACGAGUGGAAAGAAGAGGCAAAGGUUCUCGAAAAGAAGAUCAGUGAACUUAUCUAUUCAAAACUAAUACAUGAUUCCACUGCCUCUUUUCCUUCUGCAAUGGAUCAACUUGAACUAGCUCUUAAACAAAUAAAUCUUGAUAGUACCGAUCAAAUGUCCUUGGAAAACAACAGCCAGGAUGCCAGUUCUGCAACAAACUUGGAUUUGGAUGUCUCCGUUCAGUCAAUAGCUGAACCACCGGAAACAGCUGUUUUGGAGCCUGAACACGCUGAACUUGAAGGUAGGAAUCACGGGUCUCGUGAUUCUGAAGUAAGCUGCGAUCCUAACUACUCUGUCCAGCCGGAGGCUGACCAGCACAGUGACAGUCAUGAAAACAGAGGUCAGAUGGAGAAAGAUGACCUGGAAGGUGAGGGGGAUGAAGUGCAGGGUUUUGGAGUCACAAGUGCUUCCAGUGUCCCUCAGUCAUUGGCUGGCCAAACUGAAGUUGAAGUAGUUGAGGAGAUCAGCUGCUGGGAAGACUGCGGUGAUUUGGAAGAUAACACUGUUGAAUCUAGUGAAACAAUAAACUUCCAUCCUGACGAACCGCUCCAGUCUGCGCGCAAUACAGCUCAAGAGUCUGUUCAAGAAAUAAAUUUACUGAGGGGACAAGUUAGUCCGCAUGAUAGUGACUGUGAGCCCUGCGUCUCUGCAGUGGUGCCCAUUUCAAAUGUCAUUUUUUGCUCAGUAAUUCAGAAGCCACGACAUUUGCCUGAAGCGAGCAUUGAUCCCUGUGAUGGUCCUGAAAUGGGUGCUGAUCCCAGUGAUCCUUGUCAGUCAGUAGCAGGCUGUCUUCAAAAACCUGUCCAGGAAAUGAAUCUGAAGGAAGACUGUAUUUACCUGGAAGAUAAGAGCUACAAGCUCGUUGAUUUAGAACCAACUUACUACCCUGAUGAUCCUGUUCAGUGUGUGACAGCUCCAUCUGUGGACAGUGUGUCUGUCAGAGAAGUAGACGUGCAAACAGAGAAUCAGAAUGAUGUAGAAAAUGAGGCCUUUCAGCCAUAUUGUUCUGAAGCAGUGUGCCGUUCCGGUUCUCAUCUGCAGUCCGACGUUGGCCUACCUCCAGUGUUUUGCGGAGAAGCAGACCCCGAGAGGAAUGAGCUUGUCACAGCGGGGUCUAGCGAGCCUGCAGUGCUGUACGACUCUGAUGUGUCUUUUCAGAUAGUAGUUAACCAGCCUCAAACGUCCGACGGAGAAGCAGAAUCCCCACAGGUGGUGCUGUUGAAUGUUGUGCCCAGUGACAGUGAUUGUGACCGGGAAGUCAUUUCUGAUUCAAAUAUUUCUCUUCAGCUAGAAACCAAUGAUACAAAUACAGAUUCUGCUGGGCCUGCAGCAAUGGGAAGGUCCUACUGUAGAUUCUGCCGUUGUUAUUAUGAAGCCUCUCAGUCAGCGACAAAUCAAUCCAAGGAAAGUUUCAGAAUAAUAAAUCGGAACAACGACUACAUUAUUCUGGGAGAUCCCACUUGUCCGUCUUGUGGUCAUGAACUCAGUUUCCCUGCUGAUUCCUCUGAUCAGCCCUCUACCAGCCAGUGCCACGUGUCUGACCGUGUCUGUGCUGCCCCAGAGGAGCAGAGCCCCCAGCCUCACUGCUCUAGCAGAAGCUGCAGUCUGGAAGAUACAACUCGGCCAGUGAUUUGCCAGCCGCAGGAACCAGCCCAAGGCCCCAGUUUUUGGGACGUUCCAAGAAAUGUUGCCUUUCGAGACAGGAGCUGGGCAUCAAGCAGUUUUGCAGCUCGGCAUGCUGCCCGUGCUGUGUCGGUGAUCCGCCCGACCACUGUGAAGCACAUCCCUUUGAAGAUACCAGAUGCAGAUCCAGAACCCGAGCGUCGUCGGGCUGAUGGACCUGAUCCGGACCCUGACCAACCUCAGCCUGCUAAGAAAAGCCGCGACCUUAAGAAGGUAACUUUUGACAUGAGAGUAACCAAGUACGAAUAUCUACCAUAUCCUUGGUACCCAGAAGAGUAUGCGCAAGCGUAUGCAGAAGAGUAUGCACGCGAGUAUGCGCAAGUGUAUGCAGAAGGGUAUGCACGAGAGUAUGCACAAGUGUAUGCACAAGGGUUUGCACAAGGGUAUGCACAAGAGUAUGCUGAGGGGUAUGCACAAAGGUAUGCACAAGCGUAUGCACAAGAGUAUGCACAAAGGUAUGCACAAGCAUAUGCACAAGAGUAUGCACAAGCAUAUGCACAAGCGUAUGCACGAGAGUUUGCACGAGAGUAUGCACAGGGGUUUGCAGGAGGGAAUGCACAGGAGUAUGCACAAGAGCCUGCACAGGCACCUGCAGGAGGGAAUGCUCAGGAGAAUGCAGAAGGGAAUGCACAGGCGCCUCCACAGGAGAAUGCAGAAGGGAAUGCACAGGCGCCUCCACAGGAGAAUGCAGAAGGGAAUGCACAGGCGCCUGCACAGGAACAUGCAGAAGGGAAUGCACAGGCGCCUGCACAGGAACAUGCAGAAGGGAAUGCACAGGAGUAUGCACAGGAACAUGCAGAAGGGAAUGCACAGGAGUAUGCACAGGAACAUGUAGAAGGGAAUGCUCAGGAGUAUGCACAGGAACAUGUAGAAGGGAAUGCUCAGGAGUAUGCACAAGAACAUGCACAAGGGAAUGCACAGGAGCCUGCACAGGAACAUGCACAAGGGAAUGCACAGGAGCCUGCACAGGAACAUGCACAAGGGAAUGCACAGGAGCCUGCACAGGAACAUGCACAAGGGAAUGCAGAGGAGAAUGCACAAGAGUAUGCAGAGGAGCAUGCAGAGGAGCAUGCAGAGGAGCAUGCAAAGGAGCACGCAGAAGGGGAUCCUAAUGAACUGGUUCAUGAAGCCUCACCUCAAGUCCCUCCGCCAUUUGUUGAAGAAACUCAGUCGCAGGUGAGCGGAGAUGAGGCGGAAAUACACACACAGGACUUUCACGGUCAUCUCCACGGUUACUACCACGGUUGCCCCGAGACCGAGAGGGGCGCCGCUUCGGUUCACGCCGCAUCGGUUCACGCCGCAUCUGUGCACAGUGAAGGUGACGCUGGAGACGCCGAGGACAAACCAUCCUGUGCCCCCGCGGAGGGCCGCAGUGUGGCUUCUCAGAACCGGGUGGAAGGAGUCAGGCCUGGAACCCAAGCAAGUCCUGGGAAGAAAAGAAAGAUGGCCGGACAAGAGGGAGAGUUGCCGAGAAAGAAGCAUUUCUACUAUGACAGCCAGAGAAAGGAAAAAGCCCCGAGUGGGAGCAGCGAGUCGCCUGCAGCCCCGACGGCGCCCGUGCAGCCCAAUUCCUUGGUCUGCAUUUUCUCCUCUCUGUGUAUGACGGAAGGUCAGUCUUUGAGCCAACCUAAGGCGAAGCCUGACAGCGACGGGGCCUCGCAAGCCGCUCCCAGCCGUCCACCUACGACAACCGUGAUUAAUGCUCCGCAGAACCCGAUGGGACCGUACGGUGACACAGCUUGGAGAGUUGGCGGGGACCCCGGUCAGAGCGGCGCCAGCGCCAGCACCAGCGCCAGCACCAGCAGGCCGAGCGUGCCUUCGGCAUCCAUCAUGGUAGCGCCCAAGAAAAGAACGAUUCAAAGGUUCCUCGAGGAUCAGUCUGCAUCUGCAGAAAAGCCGGCUACGGGCGCUGCUGAAAUUCCUGAAACUCCCGAUGCUAAUUCCCAGCAGACUCGUUUGAAUCGUGACAGUGCCAAAAUGUUUCUCAAAUCAAUCAAAAAGGAGCUUUUGGACAGUAAAAAUCAAAAGAAAUUUUGGAAAAAGAAGAUGGCAGCUACACAUCUCAAAAUGUGUUUACUCAAAAAUGCUUACAAAACAGUGGUUCUCCGGAAAAAAUCAAAACUAGCUUCAGAAAAACUGGCUAUGUGGAUUCAGCUGAAAGCGAACGAUAUCCUUAGGAAGUACGGUAACAGAGGCCCUGGUGUGCGCAGGAACCGACAGUCAAAGACUGUUCUUAUUCGAAAGCAGCUGAGGAAGAAGAAGAUGGUCGCCAGGAAGAUAAAGGAGGUCAAGAAAGCAGCCGAAGAAGCGCGCUCCCGGCUGAGCCUCUCCAUCAGCCCGGCCGUGCCUGAAGAGCCCCAGCCAAGCACCGCUGCAGGGCCCGCUGAGCUGCCUGCCAGUCUUCCCGAGGCUGCAGGAAGAAGGCGCUACCGGAAAAAGUACUACCGCAGAAAGAAGCUUCUUCCUGUGAGAGAGUAUGACCUGAGAAGCUCAAGUUCCGCCUCCUGCUCCGACAGGAUGGUGACGCGGCUUGCAAGCAAGUCGAAGCAGUGAGGCCAAGUGAAAGCGUAGCCGAGCGACAUCAGUCCUUCACUGGACGGAACACCUUUGGACUCCUGACCUUACACUAUUUUGCUACAGAUAUUAUUUUUCAGAGAUUUUAUAUUCAUUUAAAAUUAGUGUUUAGGGUCCUUUUUUUUUCUUUUAAAGAUUUAAAAGCAAACUUUGUCCCGUUUCUGUGGAAGAACUUCACCUUAAUUUGUCUUAUAAUUUAGCACAGUAGAUAGAAUUUUUUCUCUUAACUCAUGUUCAUAUUCAUCUCCUCUGAAAACCUUUCGUGCCAAAAAGUUAUAACACUGCAAGAAUGGACACAGCAAACUUAUCAACGCCACCUUUAAACAAAUGGACAGAUAUCUUCUUAGUCACCAUGCUUCCAAGUCGAAUCAUCACAAGGAUUCGGACUGGAUAAAUCAAACAAUGACACUGUGCUUUCUCAAGUUUUGAAUGUGAUUGACUUGAAUGAUCACAAAAAUAUAUUUUUUCUUCUAAAGGCAUUCCAUGAAAUAAUUAUUUCAUCCAGUUUUUAAGUGCCUGGUGAU